AUGGCCGCGUACCCAUGCCAGCGCAAUGCAUCGGUGUCUGCCCACCCAACUAUGUACCCCUCCACUGCGACCUCCAAACAAGCCACUCUCCAAGAGCGCUCUCCCGCUGUGCUCAGUCAGCCAGGUGCCCCGCAUGAACUUGCUGCGUGUUCAUCUCACUGGUCUCAGCUGUGGCUCGAUGGUACUACUGCGCCACGGGGAUGCGGAGUUCCCCUAACCUGGCGCCUAUUAUUUAAUGUGUUGAGCAGCGGGCGGAAUUGCUUCCUUGGAUCCCGGUGGAGCGAGAUCCGACUGUCAAAGCACACAACCAGGGUCGUAGAAGCAUAUAUGCGGGCGAAAGGGAAAAUCCUGGCCAGCUUUGGAACUGGCAAAUCUCGAAAUGGCCUGAUAGACCGGAACGAGGGACGGCACGAGCCGUUCCUAGCCAACCGUUGA